AUGUCUGCCAUCAAUGCCGCUAAGGACAAGGAUCUCCACAUCCUUAUGGACACAUUCAUCUCCAAACUAAAACGAAAACAGAUCCACGGUUCAUAUAACGUUGCCAUCGAAACCGCCCAGCUACUAGUGAAGGUGGUGUCGUUGACCAAAUGGACCUCGCUAGAACAAUUGAUCAGCAGCAUAUCAUUGAUUGGUAAGCGGUUGGUAGAUGCUCAACCUCGUGCUUACACCUGUGGGAACGUUGUCAGAAGAGUGCUCGCCCUAAUAAGAGACGAGUUGGAAGACGAAGAAAAAACUAAAGGUUCGACCACCGAAUCAUCGAACGUGGGAUCGUCGAUGUUCAAUUUAUUGACUCCUGCAAAAACUGACGCUCAAAAUAAGAAUAAAUCCGGGAUCAAUGACCAGCGAGCCGUGAUCAUCCAAAGUAUUCGUGAUUUGGUCGACGAGAUUCGUAAUGUCGAUCAGGAAAUUGAAGGCAUGUUGGAUGAUUUGGUCCAUGAUAAUGAGACAUUGUUAACUCCUACCCCAAGUUCCCAGACGGUGCUACGGUUCUUGAAACGUGCUAGACAAAAAAGAAAAUUCAAGGUGAUGGUAACGGAAUGUUUCCCUAACGACACCGCGGUGGCUCACAAUUUCGCCAAACAAUUGGCUGAAGCAAAUAUCGAAACCAUCAUUGUUCCCGACACCUCGGUAUUCGCAGUAAUGGCGGGUGUCAGUAAGGUCAUUGUGGGUACCAGAUGUGUCUUUGCUAACGGCGGGUCGGUGACUGAAAGUGGGGUCAGUACCGUGGUGGAAUGUGCUAGAGAACAUCGUACUCCAGUAUUUGCCGUCACCGGUUUAUAUAAAUUAAGUCCGUGUUACCCAUUCAAUAGAGAAUCUCUCAUUGAGUUUGGUAAUUCCGGUAAAGUUGUCAAGUUUCAAGAAAACACUCUUGUGGAGAAUGCAGAAACUGCCAACCCUCUUUACGAUUACGUGCCCCCAGAAAAUAUCGAUAUUUUCAUAACCAAUGUCGGGGGUAUAUCGCCUAAUUUUAUCUAUCGUAUCGUUCUUGAUAAUUAUAAACAAGAGGAUAUUGAUUUAUAA